AUGACUGAAAUACCGUCGACAAAAGAAGGAGAAGAUAGACUAAGCUCUCUCCCUGAUGCCCUCCUCAUCGAAAUCAUCUCUCUCCUUCCCUCCAAUGCCGCCAUAGCCACCGCCCUUUUAUCGCCUCAAUGGCGGGGUUUAUGGGCCCAUAUUACUUCCGUCGACAUCGAUACUAGACAAUUCCUCCACCGCCUCGAUGCUUGCUCCGCCAUCAACCAAGUCAUCGAGAAAUUCAUUUCACCGUUGAUUCGAACUUUCAGUCUCCGAGUUUACGACCAGAAUGUUAAACAUAUAUUUUUUUCUGGCGUUAUGGAUUCAUGGUUUUGUCGAAUUUGUGACCGAAACGUCGAAGAAAUCAGUCUCAAAAUCCUAGAUUCUAAAUCCGAUUACAAAUUUUCAUCCCCUUGGAGUGUUUUCCCAACCCCUUGGUGUGUUUUCCAAACCCCUUCGUUGGUAGUGCUUGAACUGGAUUCCGACAUACCUCGCCGUUGUUAUGGAAUCAGUGAUGAUAUAAUUACAUCCAAAGUUAUAAUUACUCUCCCGAAUUUGAAGAAGUUGAGUAUUCGUGUUUCGCAUGAUGAAUGUCAAGGUUGGGGAAAACUAAUCGAGUCUUGCCCAUCCCUCGAAGUUUUAUCAAUGGUAGUUGUUUUAACCAAGGGAAUAUAUGUAGUCGAUGAACCAGCAAUUAACUUAUCAAUCACCAGUAGAAAUUUGGUGCGGUUGAAUUUAAGUGUACUUGUGUAUGAAAUGGCAAGUGUUGUUGUCGAUACCCCUAGAUUGGAAUAUUUAAGGUCUGAAGUUUUAAUUCUUUCCAAGUUUGUAUUUGUAAAUAAACCGAAUUCCAUACGUGAAGCAUUUAUAAGUUUUGAUGAUGGUUAUGGAAACAACUGGUUCAUGGAACUUCUUCAAUCGAUUUCUAAUGUUAGUUCCCUCACACUUUGUAUUAGAGAUGAUUAUGUUAUGAUUACGGCCGCCGUGUUGUUGGCAAAUCUGACCUAUCUUCGACUGGAAAUGUCUUAUUUCCUUAUGUAUAUGGUGUUAUUGAGGUUGCUCAAUUCAUGCCCGAGUAUGGAGGUUCUUGUAUUGAGGGUUUCCAACAAUUUUUACCCCAAUCAUCUCAUCCCCAUAAAUGGUUAUGAUUUUGUUCCUUUGUGUCUGAUGACUCGUAUCAAGAUGAUUGAGAUCGAGGCGUUUUCGCUUUAUUAUUACGAUAACUGGAGUUUCUUGUUAAGGUAUUUUCUGAUUAGUGCCCAAGUUUUGGAGCGCUUGAUCUUUACCCAAUUCUACUCGAAUAAUUCGGGUUUCCAAAAAUCGGAGUUUUGGAAAGAACUAUCCGCAUACAAAAGAAGUUCGCCGAUGUGUGAAAUUGAAUUUUCAAGCUUAUUUGGGAAGAUGCCUAGCAAAAUGAGGUCGUUUUUUCAGAUGUCAGAUAUAUGUGGGGGCAACACACAUAUCAGCUAA